GACGCCUUGUGACCCUCCCUUCUCUCUUCCUUUCUUCCCCCCUGCAACUUGUCUCGUCAAACCACAAAGUUCCAUCGUGACGAUCCGUCGCAUAUCGCAUUGCUGCAGUCGCCCAUGGUCCGUUCGGCCUGAUAUAAUCGAUCUCCCUCGACUACUUAUAUCCGCCGUUUCCACCUCGACUCAUCCCAACUGUAUACUAUCUACACUAUAUACACAUACACUAUAUACAUAUAGUGUAUACAUAUAGUGUUUAUAAUCAUACUAUAUAAAUAUAUACUCUAUACCACAAGUAUAUAUCUAUAUAGUAUACCAUGGCUCACUGCUUUCAACCCCAAACCAUGCUCCCCGGCUCCCAAUGGAUGCCUCAGAGCCAGCCAUGCUGGGGCGCCUCGACCUUUCGCGACCUGAUGCAGGCCAUUCCACGACCAAACCGUCACGCCAGUCGCAUCUCGAAGCCUCGAAGUGCGGGCAACAGUCCGUCGUCAUCGACAGCCCGACGAACCGCCCAGUAUCAACCACCCCGCCCAGCAUCGGCGUAUAACGCCGCCCUGUUGGCCGCGUCCAUGCGCAGACCAACGACUCGCCCGACAAGCUGGCACCCCGCAACCUUCGACUCUUCCGCCUACUGCCCUCCUGCUCCUGCUGCUCCCCAGUACUACGCAACCCCUACGACAUCCGCCCCUUUCGGAGACGCCACCAUGCUCCCUCAGUACGCGCUGCCAGGCGCCUCCUUCCCCGCCAUGCCCGAUUCCGCCCCCAUGGACGAUGAGUCCUUCCUGCAGCAGCAGCACAUGGCCACCACCACCGCCAACCAGAUCGAUCCCAUGGCCGCCGCAUGGGAUAGCGGAGCCCUCACCCAACCCAUGUCCGACAGCUGGUCCUUCGACAUGAUGUCCAUGACCAACAACAUCCCGUGUGCCGACCUCGCGCCUCCCAGCUACCCCAGCGCUCCUUCGUCAGCCUGCCUGACCGGUGCGCCCUCCACCCCAGACGGUCUCUUCGACCAGCCGUCUGUAUCGUUUUCUUCUCCCGCCCCACUUGAAAACGACGACAACCCCAGCGACGAGCUCGUCGGCAUGGGCCUCUACAGCAACCCCGCCGCCCCACUCGGCAGCCUCUGCGGCAAGGGUCUCAAACUCGAGGAAACGUUCACCCCGUCUGACUCGGACGACAAGGACGCCGAAGCAGAUGAUGACUCCGACGACGAGCCUCAGGAACAGCCCGCACCAUCGCACAACUCAAAGCCACCCCGCAAGCCCGAAAACGCCGGCGCGAGCAUGGCCCAGAAAUCGUUCUUCGAUCAGGACUUCGCGCAGCCGGUUGUUGGGGCGCAGCAGCUCUUUAAUCUGGCUCAGCCUUGCAUGAAUUACGGAUAUGGAUGGAUUUAGGCUCGCCUUUUUCAUUCUUUGCAUUUGAUUUUCUGCUUUAGUGACUUUCUUCUUGGUUUUUUAUCCAUUGUUUUGUUGUUUCAGCUUGUUAUUAGUCGCAUAGCAUGGAGUUUGGAUAUGGAUUUGGGUUGGUUGCAUUGACGAAUACCCGAGAGGAUUACGAGAUCACACACAUACAUGAAUUGAAUAGAAUUAAC